UUAAUUAUUUAUUUUUGUUGCAAAUCUCUUUAAUGAUAAUUAGUUGAUAUUUUUUUGCCAUGUCUUUAAUUAAUGAGACUAAUCGAUUAAUGUUAAAGAAAAGUCUUGCAGCAAAGUUAACAGAGAUUUUCAUUAAUUACAAAUAGAAUAUGUUAUGAUUAUCAAGAAGAUGACUUGUUCUUCUUCUCCACAGAGUUUGUUGAAUAUGCUACGCCUUAUGUUCUGUAGUCUGUACAACGAAAAAAAAAACAUUUUGUUUGUUUGGUGAGAAAUUAACAAGAACUUGCACGUUACGUUACAACUAAAAGGAACCAGAAUAUGUAACAUGUGUCUUAAGGCCAUGUCGAGAAUCGACCUCAAGAGGGUUCUCUGAAUAUGCAGUUUUUAGUUGUUUAGUUUAUAUAUGGUUAAUUCUCUCAAAUAGCAUUUUUAAGUUUUUGUUAUAAAAAUAGCUAUCAAAAAGAAAAGUGAUCUUUUAAAAUUUUUAAUAUUUAUUUUUUAUUUUUUUUUAAAUUUGAAAUUAUAUCCCAAACUACACUCUUUAACUUUAAACCUUAAAUCUAGAUUAGUUAAUCCUAGGGUAAAAACAAAUUUUUACUCUUUAAUAAAAUUUAUUUUGGUCACUUUUUUUAUCGAACACUAUUUUUGUGAUAAAAACUUAAAAAAUGCUAUCCUAGAUGGUGAAUGAAUGUGAAAAAUUAAUAGUGAAGGUUCAUGUGAAAGAGAGUAACCACAACAAGGAAAUGGACCUUCAUGUAGACAAUUACUGACGGAGGCAAAACACGCGUUCCCUCACUUUCCCUCUCUCUCUAUCUUUCUCAGGAUUAGAGAAACCAAAGUUUCUUCCUUUUUGUAUCUGACUCGACGCUUUGACUCAGCCACUCAGGUGAAGAAAACUAGCAACGGGUUGGAGGACGAGUCUUUGAAUCGUUUGGUGCUUGCUUCCAUGGACAUUCACGAGCAUGGAGUUCUGGUGGGGAAGGAGAAGAGGCGGCGGAUUCAAUGCAAACACUGCGGAAAACAAAUGUCUGGCUGGUAUCGUCUGAGACAUCACUUGAGUGGUGUAGGUGGAGAUGCAACUCCCUGUGUACAAGUCACAUCUUCUGUUAGAGAGAUGUUUCGUACUACUACUACUACUACUGGUCCUAAGCGUGGGAGAACCGGAGAUAGCGAACAUGUUUGGUGCUCAUAUCCAAACUGUUUGGACUUUUCAUCCAAUGGAUUCAGAGAAAUGAUGAUGACUGUGAGUGGCCGUACCAUCCCUGAUCCUCACGGUUCGAUGUUUGGAGAAGUGUUGAAGGAAGUGGAAGAUCAUGUGGAGAAGGUUAAAGAUUCUUGGGGGGUUACGGGUUGUAGUAUCUUGCUUGAUGCUUGGGUUGAUCGCAAAGGCCAUGAUCUUGUUACUUUCGUCGCGGAUUCUCCAGCUGGUUCAGUUUAUCUGAAGUCCUUUGAUGUUUCUGAUAUAAAACAUGACAGCGAGGCUUUGAUAUCGAUAGUAGAUGGUCUUGUUGAUGAGGUUGGAGUGAGUAAUGUGGUUCAGAUCAUUGCGUGUUCAGCUUCUGGUUGGGUUGGUGAGUUAGGUGAGGCUUAUGUGGGCACCAAGAAGGGAGUCUUCUGGUCUGUGAGUGUGUCUCACUGCUUCGAGCUUAUGCUGAUGAAGAUUGGGGAAAUAGAUUCACUUGGAGAGAUAGUUGAAGCUGUCAAUAUGAUCACAGAUUACGUCAACAGCAACCCUUUGGCUUUGAAGCUUGUCAGAGAUCAAGAUCACAGCCAUGGACUACUAGACAUGGCUGUACUCUCCUCCGAGUUUGAGUUUUUCAUGCCGUACUUAACCGUAGAGAGUAUUUUCAGAGCCAGGGACGAGUUAGCAGCGAUGUUUGCUUCUUCAUCUGAUUGGAACAAAGAAGAAGAAGACAUAGCGAUAUCCAACUUGGUGAAUGAUUCGAGUUUAUGGGAAAGUGUUGAGAGAGUUCUGAAAUGCUCGUCUCCUUUGAUUCACGGUUUAAUCUGGCUCUCUAGUGCUAACAACAAUCAGCAUGUUGGACAUGUCUAUGACAAUAUGGAUGUCAUUAAGGAGAGUAUAGCGAGGGAGUUUGAUAACGAUGAACUGUGUUACAUGCCGUUAUGGGAUGUGAUUGAUGAUGUCUGGAACAAGCUUCACAGUCCUCUUCAUGCUGCUGGAUACUUCCUGAACCCGGCUGCUUUCUACUCGACUGGUUUCCAUCUUGAUGCAGAAGUAGCCAUCGGUCUUAUCUCCUCUCUUGUUCAUAUUGUAAAAGAACGUGACGUUCAAGUUAAAGUUGCCACUCAGCUUGAUGUAUACAAAGUUCGUGAAGGCUGCUUUAACGAGACCAGUCAAGCUGAUCAGGUUUCUGGAUUGUCUCCAGCUGAGUGGUGGGCUGAGAAGGCGAGCCAGCACCCGGAACUGCAGAGUUUCGCUAUUAAGGUUCUGAGCCAGACAUGUGAAGGCGCUUCCAGGUACAUGCUGAAGAGAAGAGUAGCAGAGAAGCUGCUGCUCACGAGGGGAAUGAGCCGUUGUGAGAAACAGCAUCUGGAAGAGUUGGCGUUUGUUCAUUACAAUCUUCAUCUACAGAGCUGCAGAGCCAAACUAAGUGAAGAGCAGUGAAGAGAUUGUGCUGCAAGGUAUGUUCAUUUAUGGGACUGGCCUGUUCAGAUUAGCCAAUGCGCAGACAUUAGUUUAGUAGUUUGUACUUUCCUUGAAGUUUAUAUUUUAAAUCAAAGCUGGUGAGAAUAUUGGAUAUCACGGGAUAGAGUAGUUAUUGGCUUACCCAAAAUUUGUGUUAUAUGUUAAUAAAUGAAUAAAGUCCCACAUCAUUAGUUUGAGAAAUAAUUAACUAACAUAUAAAAAAUAGAGUCAAUCUAAUUAUAGAUAAUUGAUUUUAAGUUGGAAAUCCAUGAUAAUCCUAAAUUUAACAUACUUUUUUUCAUCUAGAACCUAUCCUCCCACCUCGUUAUUGUGAGUAUGUGACUUGACUACAAUAAACCGGGUCUUUCAUUUCCUACAUCGAAGAAAUGGUUAGGUUCUUUCUUGUAUUCUUUAAAUAUCGCAUAUAAGUAUAACACGGUAGUAGUUGAACCCAAUAAAAUAAGAGACGUGACCACAGUCUACUAUCAUAUUCUUAUUGAGUGAGUUACGUAUUCAGACACUUUUUUCUCUUUUUUGUCAUGAUAAGGCACUUCCUGCUAGAGGCACACUUUCUUUCCUUUCUCCUCCAUGUGUUUGUACAUAAUUAUCCUUACGUUCGGUUAAAAGAAAUAAGAAGCUUGGUUUGUAGGGACCAAUUUUAACUAUAGUAGUUGGGUCACUUUCUUUUAUUCGUAUUUUAUAUCUCCUCAAACCAAAGCAAAUGAAAAGACAUGUUUCUUUCUUUUUUUAAUUAUUAUUGUUUGUUUUACCUAGUUUUAGUUUGUUUUGUUUAUUUUAAAUUUAAGGAUAUAUUUGACAAAUUUGUUUGAUAUACUAAAUUAUGUUUUUUUAUUUUCUAUAAUUUGAUAUCCAUUUUGAUAUGUUUUCUUGUUAUAUUUCAAAAGAUACAAAUGAAAAAUGUGGACAAAAGAGUUGUGGAUAGAAACAUUGUAAUUGUGUACAUCCAACUAUUGUGGAUGGAUAUAAUCAUAUGAUAUGUUUUCCUUUUUUAAAUAUUACUUUAUCAAUCCUUUCUAUUUCUUUAUGUGAUUAUUUUAACAUAUUAAAGUAUAUAACUAAAUAAAUUUUUGAUAUCAUAAAUUUUAUCUUUUUGUUCUUUACAUUUUUAGAUCUAUUUUAGUAUAUUUUUACAAUCUAAAUAUGAAAAAAUCAUAUCAACAAAAAAUAACCGUGUAUAUAGAAAAAAUGUGGACAUGGACACAUUUAAUGUUUUCAAUUGUAUUUUAAUGUUUGUGUUAGUGGAUGAGAUCUUUUUUUAAAAAAAAUGAUUGGUUCUUUAUUUUAUUAUUGUUUAUACCACCUAAUGUUUUCAAUUGAUUUUAUUUCAAACUUUUAAGAGUUAUAAAAUGAAUAUACUAUUACAAUAAUUUUUAUAUAUAAUUUUCUAUUUUUGACAUCAUUUUAUAUAUAUCAUAUAUGUAUAUAUAUCAACGUUUACAAAAACAAAUAUGUCGACAUGGACAUGAACUAAAUAUGUGGAUGUGGACGACAUGUGUAGAUAAAAAUUUGUAGACAAAAGUGUUUUCAUUACUUGAAAGAGAAAACAAAGGUCUGGAGACAAUGACUCAAACCAAAAUGUGAGGUGCGGAUGUGGAUGUGUUUAUCUCAUCUAAAUCAAGAAAAUGUUUUGCACAUUUUAAAAAAAUUGGGUGAAAGCGUGAAUAACCAAAACGUGAGGGACCACAAAUUUAAAAAAAAACUGAAAAUUCACCAUUGUUGCUCUCACUUUCUAGCAUGACCCAAAUCAC